AUGGUAUUCGUCUCGGAGGCUAGAUUUGUUGAAAUGUCAUGGACAACGCAGUCACCGGAGUCAGUCUAUGCCAAUGAACAUCCGCCCCUGCACCUCAACACGAGCUCAAGGGAGACGACAGAAUCCGCUGCCAUCGAGCAAGGUGCAUCACUGUCGACGAAGAUAGCAGCUUUGUCUCUUCUACCCGUCGUUAUCAUCUGUGGACUAUUCGGCAAUGUGUUGGUGUGCCGAGCCGUGUUCCGCUUCCAGAAACUCCGAUGCGUUGCGAAUACGUUCAUCGUAUCGCUGGCGGUGUGCGACCUGUGCGUAUGCGGUAUUAUCAUGCCCUUCGCAGCCUACCAGGAACUGACCAGCGACAAGAAAUGGCACCUCGGUCCAGUCAUCUGCAACAUCUGGGUGGCACUCGACGUCCUGCUCUGCACCGCGUCCAUCUGGAACCUGUGCGUGAUUGCUCUGGACCGUUGCAUGGCUAUCACCAACCCCGUCUGGUACGUGAACAGACGGACACCCGUAAUGGCGGCUGUAGCCAUAUCCUCAGCCUGGGGUCUCUCGCUUCUACUGAGUGUCAUGUUUCUCUUGCUGAUGGAUAACUUUGCGGAUAGCGCGGACUACUCUUGUCAGGUUGCACCCAAACCAACCAUAGCUGUCAUUUCGUCAUCGGUGACAUUUUACAUCCCUUGUUUCAUUGUAGUUGCGGUUUAUAUCAAGAUCUUUCUGGCAGCACGACGCCAUCUACGGGGAAAGUCGAUCAGGGCGGCUAUCUCAACCAUGCACCAUGGGAGACCGUCGAUAGUGUGUAAGGAGAAACAGCCAAAAUCCAGCAGCUCGGAAACACACGAAAAUGGCCAAGCCGAACCGCUGUGCUCCUCUCCAGACGAGAACAAAAACCCAGUAAAAUAUGCGAAAGGAAACUGCGAGCUGCAACUCCCUAAAGUAGCGUGUUCGUCGAACAACGGACACUCUUCAAAUUCUCUCAGACCGCCUCCUGCGUCCGUCACGUCAAUAAGUAGCAUCAAACGGACAUCAUUCAACCUGACCGUACCCGAACCAUCUGUUUCUCCUGAUGUCGGGUUUUCAGGCGCUGACAAUUCCGACGUCAACGAAGUCCCGCGUUCACCUCGGAGAUCGUUGACACCGUUUUCAUUCAACUACCCGAGGCCCAAGAUACACCGUAUUUCAGUGACGCGAGAGCGACGCGCAGCUGCUGUGCUUGCAGUGGUCAUCGGCGUCUUCAUUUGUUGUUGGCUUCCGUUUUUCAUUGUUUACGUCAUCAUCGGGGUGUGUGAGAGUUGUAACGUAACAAACGUAACUUUUCAAGUGCUCACGUGGUUAGGAUGGUGCAAUUCGAUUCUCAAUCCUCUCAUCUAUACAGUCUUCAACCUCGACUUCAGGCAUGCGUUCCGAAAAAUUCUCCUUGACGUUCCGUGCAAGUGAAAGUUAUCGACUGUUUUGAUGAAUAUAUUGUUAACUAUCACCGAUCUUGCAUUACGCCGUUUUAAAAAUCCAUUUCUUCCACUACCAUUGACUAUUUACAUCGAAUAUAAAAAUGGUGAAGUACAUUGUCUUUUGACGUUACAGAUUGAGAAGAGAGAAAA